GAGAGGGGGAGGUGAAGACAGCUAGGCAAGCUGCAUCUCUGCCAGGCUGCUCUCCUUCCUCCUUGUUUUUUCUCAGAGUAGUUCGGCAAGCCCGCUCUGGGUGCCUCCGAGCCUGUCUAGAAACGCUCAGGAGAGUGGGGUGUAACGUUGGUGGCCAGGCACCUGGCCCUCCCUUACCCCUGCUGGCACAGUCUCAGGACAGGACAUGUCAAGCUGCAACACCCCUGGGGGCCCCACUGCCCUGGACUUUCCGGAAGUCCUGAAGUCCCUACUGGAGUAUUCCUUGCCCUGGACCAACAAGAUGACAGAUAAAGAGAAGGAGAAAAUAAAGCUUGAAGAAGAUGAGGCAGCAGCUGCCAGCACUAUGGCAGUCUCGGCUUCCCUCAUGCCACCCAUUUGGGACAAAACUAUUCCUUAUGAUGGCGAGUCUUUCCACCUGGAGUACAUGGAUCUGGAUGAGUUCCUGCUGGAGAAUGGAAUUCCUUCCAGCCCUACUCACCUGGAUUUGAACCAGAAUCCACUCUUGCCUGUGGCUGAGCUGGAAGGGAAGGAAUCUGCCGGUGCUUCCACUGGUUCUCCUGCAUCAUCCUCUUCCACUGCAGUUUACCAGCAAUCUGAAGCAGCCUCCAGCACAGAGUCCCCACCACAAAAUGAGAGAAAUACACCCAGUCCCAUUGAUCCUGACUGCGUAGAAGUUGAGGUGAAUUUUAACCCCGACCCUGCUGAUUUAGUGCUGUCCAGUGUGCCUGGUGGCGAGCUCUUCAAUCCUCGCAAACACAAGUUUACUGAAGAGGACCUGAAACCACAACCUAUGAUUAAAAAAGCCAAGAAGGUUUUUGUCCCAGAUGAGCAAAAGGAUGAAAAAUACUGGACAAGGCGAAAGAAGAACAAUGUGGCAGCAAAGCGUUCCCGUGAUGCUCGGCGACUAAAGGAGAAUCAGAUCACAAUUCGGGCGGCCUUUCUUGAGAAAGAAAAUACAGCCCUGAGGACGGAGGUGGCAGAGCUGCGCAAGGAAGUGGGACGAUGCAAGAACAUUGUUUCUAAAUACGAGACCAGAUACGGACCCUUUGACUUAUCUGAUUCCGAGUGAUGCAACUUUAAAGACUUUUAAAAACAAAGAAACUAAAAAGCACACAUGAAUCGCCAGUCUUCAGAGUGAGCAGUGAAAUCUAUGAGGUGUCCCAACACAAACAACUGAUGAUGACCCUGCCUGCCUCCUUGCCUGCAAGUACCCCAUCUGACUACCCAGGGCUGGGCAUGAUGAAAAGUGCAAAGUCUCCUUAAUUCUGUAUAUGGCUUUCUUAUCUGUCUUUCUCACUGUAACUAUGAACUACAAUAAGCUUACCUACUGGGGUUUUGUCAAGACACUCAAAGUUCAUGUCUCAAAGUCUGUUGACAGCCUGUGUGGUGAAUAGUGACUCUUCGUUUUGGCACUCGAGUGGAAGAAGAGAGGGAGUUUUAAAUGAAAGUGUCUGUAUAUAUAAAGAACUGCUAUAUUUUAAGACUCUUUUCCCUGCAGUAUAAUGAAUUUUAUUUAAUACUGCAGCUCACUUCUGGUGCAGUGUAGCGUAUUGUGGAGUACUGUGAGUGCAGAACUAAAGACACCAGGAAGACAGCGGCCUAUAAUGUGUGAGACUUCAGUGCAGAAGAUUACAGCAGAUGUUCUGAAAUAACCCAGAGAGCACCACAGUAUGCCAUACAGAGAGUAAUAAACCUCUAUCAAAUGACCCAUGUAAUAGUAAACGAAGUCGGUUGCUUUCCUGCUCCACAGCUACACUGCUGUAACCUGCCUUUUCCUUUAUUUCGUUUAUGAGCCUCACUUUCUUUUAUGGUAUCUUGCUGAAACAGGAUCUAUUCUUCUGCUAAUGACUUAGCAAUCAUGGGAAAGGUGCUAUUCUGAGCUGCUGAUCUCCAAAUCUUUUGGCUGUCUGAAACUACCAAAUGAGUAUUAGCUCCAAGAAAGCAAUGGCUCUUAGUUGCCAUAUUACCAUUUUCUGUCUCUUGAGUGCAGGACAGCUGCGGUGCUGAAGGUGAAAAACAGCCAAUGAUAUCCCACAGUUACCAUGGGCAGCUUCAGUGUAAGGACCCUUGUGCCGGUGUGGGAGGGUAGAUAAAAGCUUGGACGGAUUGUGGAGAUGUUUAUUGUGUUUAGAAGAUAGAGGAAGUAGGUGGAAGUUCCGUUGUAAGAAUUUCAUCAGUGUAACAGGAAUCUGCUCUUAUAUUAAGGGAGGUUUAGAGCUAAAUCUAUGUGGGAAGAACAAGAGUACUUACUUGCUAGGAAAGGAGUACAGGGCCAUGCUUGUAGCCAAAAUGGAGCUUGUAAGACAGGAGUGUGUUCAUGCCUGGAGAUUGAUGAAUAGCAUACACCUCAAGAAAAAUAAUCUUGAAAGCUUUCUGAAGCACAAGUGCCAAAAUUAUGAGGCAUGACUAGUUACCAGCAUAGCUCAUUGCUAUCAUAUUGAACAAUUAUUUUGACUUUGUGUUUACCCAAGAGAUUCCACCCCUAAUUUCAGAGCAGAAAUGCAAAAAAGAAAAAUGUGAGACGCAAUGGCUAAUAUUGUAAGCUUAAUAAAAAAACCAAAAUACAUUCAAAAGCCAGGAUUCAUAACUAGUGUUUGACAGCAUAACCUUUGUACAGAGCUUAUAUAUUAAAUGUAGUUUUUGACCUAUCAUUUUUAAUGGAUGAUGUACUGAAGUCAAGAAAGUGUUUUUAACUUUUUCCUGGUUACCAAAAUAUACCUAUGAGUGUAUAAUUAUAAUUUGGGAUUAUAAACUCUGAGAUAAUCAUGGGAUAUUUUUAUCAAAUAGAUUAAUAUCUUAGUUCCAUGCUGCUGAAAUGGCAGCAUAUAUCUCUACCUGUAUUGAGUAUUGCUGAUUUGGAUAUUUCCGGUAUGUACCGGUUUUUGCUUUAUUUUAGUGAUAAAGGCCCAAACCAGCAACAAAACAAACAACCAUGACAGCAUGUAAAUGUAGCAACUUUUUAAAUUUAUAAUUUCUAAAAUUUUAGUUAGCACUGGCUGUUCUUAAAUGUCAUGCUUCCUGUUUAGAUCACAAAGCCAAAAGCUAAAUAACUGGGUAAGGAGUUGCUUCAUUUGAAUCCUACUGUGCUUAGGAAUAUCUUUUAAAUACUUACAUAUUGUGUACAGGGUUUGGUUUUGCAGUAUGUCAGGACAUUUUGACAGCAAAAUAUUCAAUCAGUGAGAUUAGCAUGUGCAAUUGUAUUGUUUUGUUUCUGUUAUCUUAGAAGCUUACGCAAUGGAAAUUAACAGUGAAUGUUCAUUAGAGCUUUCUUUCAGAGAAGACUGUUAGCGAACAUUUGUGCUUCCCUGUAGGACAAUGCAGAUUUGCACAAUCUGUGAUUCAUGUGUCUACGGGUUGCAAAACUGGAAAAUCGCACUUUAGGGUGAGUGCAGCUCAACUUUUGUAGCUGAAGAAGUUGUUGUUAUUAAGAAGCAGUAUAUUCAAAGAUAGAUGGGAAGGUAGUAACUAUUUAAAGGAGUGCAGAUGUUGCCAGACAAAAAAUACUGUGCAAUGCUGAAUUCUUUUCUCAGUUUUUGCAGUCUCAGGAAGUUAAGUUUAUUGCUCCAGAGCUCUCUGCUCCUCUCGGAAUGAUUCACUAUAUCAUUUUGGUUCUUUGACUAGGAUGACAAUCCUAUCUGUAAGUGAUAACUUGGGUAUGUUUUCUUAGUGAUCAUAAGAAGACCAAUAGUCUUUUAGCUUGAUUUGAGUAUUAAAAGGUGCUGAAUUGACACUGUUAGGGUUUGAGGUUCUCUAGCCUUGGAACAUACUCUGUAGAGGCCAUAAGUGUGCCUGAUGCCAACCUACCCCAUUCCAGCCACAAAGGGACCAUCUCCAAGUGGAGAGAAUAAAGGGCAUGUGCACCUUUCAGCAUCACUGCAGGGAUUGCCAGGAAAGAGAGCAGUUUAUGACAGAGCUAUACUUUCAUUAGGAAGUGGAUUGACACCACAUGGUCAUUUCAUAGUACUAACUUUGAAAAUACAUAAACUGUGGAUGAGAUUUGUGGACAGUGAAUGUUGUUUUACUCUACAGAGGACAGCAGCUAUGAAUAAAUGAUGCGCAAUAUUUAAUACAGUAUUGCUUUCAUACAUGAUGAUCUAAUCUACAUGUAGUGGGUUUGUAUCUAAAAAUUCCAAGGAGCUUAAUCUUUCACCUGUUGCCAAAAUCUGCUCCCACUGAAGCUAGUAACAAAGAUGUCAUUAUCUCCCACAGGAAAAAAGUCUUUACUCUUAUGUGGUUAUUGUGAAGUUUUAGCAAGUGCUGGAGUCAUGGGUAUCUUUGCUUUACUCUGAAGCAUUUUGUGUUUGGAUCAGGUGGAUACAUCUCAGAUUGCAGGUGUAGUGUUGGUAAACUGGUCCUGAUAGUUUUGAUAUUCAGAUAAUCUGAAUUCUGCUAUUUUUUUGGUUUAUAGUAGUGUACUAUAAAUUUGUGUUGGUUGGGUUGUUUGGUUUUUUGCUAAGCGGCUUUUUGCAGUAACAUUUUAUGUCUUCUCUGACAAUUCUCCAUUUCCUUACUGUGCUGUUUGAAAGCCCAAGGUAUUCUAACUAGAAAUCACUUUCAGCAUUAUCUGCGGGCCUGCUACUAAUUGUGCCUAAUCAGUUUCAAGGUGGGAGGUGCAGUGGAAGGCCAGCAGCUUUGGGAAUGCUGUAAUAAAACCAUUUAUGCAGAAAAAAAGAAUAUUUUGUAGAUAAUAAAAAUAAUGGACCUGCACAGAGGAGACUGUUGCUGCUUCAAUAUUGUAAGCCACCUGAGCAUAAAAGGGCUUUGGUUCUUGUGAUCAGGUGCUUUCAUUUUUAGUGAGAGAGAAAGUAUUUCAGACCUUUAUAAAAUCCAGAUAGGCUUUUGUUUGCCCUUCUAGUUUUAGCUGCUAAGCUAAGCUGCUAAGCACAAGAUGAGAAAUACAAAUUUAUCUUAAUGCAUAAAUCUCAUGUUUUUGGCAACAUACACCUAAAUCCAUAAAGAGCAAAAUAAUUUGUUAGUGCUAACAUUCUGCCUUUGCAGCACUACAAGACUCUGACUGGCUUUCUAGAUGUUCAGAUAAUUACUCUGGUCUGUAUAUCUGCCACUGUAACAUGGUGAAGAUAGAUAAACUCACAAAUGAAGACUGGGAGAAAGGUAGAAAGAAUAGGCUUAACUAAAUAUCUGUGAAGAUGCUAACAAAAUGCUAAUUGAGAAUUACAAUGAUAUAACUCAUGAUAAUGCAAAUUGACAUACAGAUGUAAUUUAUUAAUUUGAUAGUCUGCUAUCCCUCAUUAGUCACUUUUGGAACGCAAACUUCUUCAAGUUCAGAUACCUACAGGGAAAAAGGAAUCCUUUGAGGAAGAUGCAUAUAUAGAUAGACAUAGAUACUUGGCAAGGAGAGCAAAGAAUGAAAGAGGAAGAGAAGAGUAAUGCAAGAGUCUGACCUGAGUGAGAUUGCUAAAACUAACACCUCACUGUUUACAAUUCUAGGCCAAUUUGGAUCCCCUCAGUUCAGCAUCAUACUGAAGAUAAGUACUUGUUUAGGUCUUGGGAAUCUCCUUGUCUUGGUCCUACUUCCACAGUCCAGAAGGAAGUGAAAGGAAUAUACAGAUAGGGAGGAGAGUUACUGCAGAUAGGCAUGAAAAAAUAGCUGUUGCUUCAGCUAAGUGUGCUGUUGCGCUGGGACUUGACCUGCUAACGUGAACUGGUCAGUGCUGUCUCAUGAGGACAUGAGACAUGACCUCAUGAGACAUGAGGCUAUCUGAGGCCCCAGUCUUUUAAGGCCUCAAUUCUGCUGUCAUGUCUUCAUGGGAAGAGCUCUAUAUCUGUAGAGAACCAUGUGGACUUCACAGGACCUGUUCUUGAAUGUGAAGCUCUGCCCAGGCAGUCAGCUGCAGAAUUGUGUCCUUAAUACACUAUCCAGUUGUAGCUAUAGGGCUGUUGAUAUUAAGUGUCAUUUGGGUGCCUGUUAUAUAGCCAAAACCCUUGUUACUUCAUUUUCCUAACUAAGGCAUGAGCAGAAGCCCUUUGCUGUACAACAUCUGUAAAAACUUAAAAAUGUACUUCACAUACGUCUAGUAAAUUAAGGCAUGUGAUUUUGGUCUGUGGGUCUCAACAAACCUUGCUCGUGUACCUUGCCUGAAUGUUUUCCUAGAUCUGCAGCUACGUUUCAGUGAGAAGGGAUGGUGGGAUUUGUUUUCCCGAGGGGGCACAAUAGCAGCUCUCACCUGUCACAUGUGGUGACCGCUCGCUACUGGCCAGGAUCAGGGAUGGAUGCAUCCUCCGCACUUUUAUGUGAAGUUGUCUGAAAUAUGGUGAUUAACAUGAUUAUUGGAAUACUGUAUUUUGUAUAACUUAGAACAUGUAAAUACACUUUUAAAACUAAUCUGUUCUAUGAAGUAAUAAAUAAGUGCUUCCAUUGUAAUAUCUGAAUAUUGUUAAUGCUUCAUGUAGCUUGAUUUGGGAUUCUUUCUUUCCUAGAGAACUACCGAAAUCAAAACAAAGAUUGAUGUUGUGGAAUUCUAGUCUAGUUGUGAUGCUUUUUAUCAACAAAAAUGUUUUAAAAAUAAUAAUGAGCUACUUAAGCAGAGAAACUAAGAUUUUGAGGGAACUGAUUCUCUUCCAGUCUUUCUUUAACAGUAGUCACUGAUUACAUUCAUAUUUGUACUCUUCCCAUCCUGAUAGCUGGACAGUUGAUUUGUUUGUGAGUAGCAUUUGGAAAGUAGCAAUAUCAAAUUAUUUGUAAACUUUGGUGACUGAGGAAAACUAAAGCUGGGUGGGCUUUGUUGGGUGUUUUUUUAACUAUUCUCUCUUUUGGCUCAAACAGAUCUGUCUCCACCCUUCAGCCAGACUGCAGCAAGUUGCAGUGCCACAGUGAGUGACUGUUACUGAAGCUCAUUUGUGACCUAGAUAGUGUACAUCUUUAUUAGUUUCAUUAUGUGCAUAGAUGACACAGGUUUCCUGUUGUAGUGUGGAGAGAGACAGUGAUUAAUGACUUGUGGUUUUGUUGAGUACAUGUUCACAGGAUGCUGCACAGCUGGACCUUUCAUCAGCUUUCAUGACCUUUUCUAUCUUUUGUUAAAAAGAAAAAAAUAGAAAACAGUGGAGUGAGAAUCACGAGCAGUCUGCUAGAAAAUCUGAACGCUUGGGUUUUGAGGAGGAGGUGAGAUUAAUCCAUCAGCCUUCAUAUAAAGAGAUUAGCCUGUGAUGAUACUUUCUCCAGCCAUAAUUUAACUUUGUCUUUAAUGCUGUACUGGAGCAGUCUCCGCUCUGGUAAUAGUUGUGUCUGCAGUGUUCCAUAAAUGACAAAGCCACAGCUUUCGUAGUGGGCAGAGACAAUGGCAUCUCUUUUAAUUUUCUUCUAUUUUUUUUCCUCCUCUCUCAGUGUCUCUAGGCUGUAAAAUAGCUACGAAACAGCUAAGCAAAUGUGCAAGUUAUUCUGAAAACUCUGUUAUUGUAAACCUUUUUCAGACACAUACAGUUUUUAACUAAAUAAUUUGAGGGAACUCCUAUCUGCUAGAUUUGGCCUGAAAUUCUGUUGCCUCUUGGAUAAAAGUAUUUUUUUUUGUCUUCAGAUGUGACACUGAUCUGUCCCAUUCGUUCAGUGGGAUGGAAGAUAAAACUGCACAGUAUUUAUAUAAGAUAUAAAUCUGAUCUUAGUUUUACUGUGUGUUAAGUUGUUUAAUCUCUUGGAAGUCUACUCCUUGAAUUCCUGUAUAUGUAGCUGCUUUUUGAAGCAGUCCAUCAAGUGCAUUUGAGAUCAUCGACUGAAAAAUUCCACAGAAGUGAAAGAGAUAAUAAAGCUUGUAAAGCGGCUGGGUGAAACUGUAUUGCCAUAAAUGGUUUUAAUUUAUAUAUGAAUCUUCUGUCCCAAACUGCUUAUUUUGUACAUAAACCUAAACACUCCUGGCAGCUGAUGGGUGAAAAUAAAGGUGCUUAAACAGCAAUCUAAUGAGGAAAGGGCAUUUCACUAUUACAGAGUUGGUAUUAUUUUAUAUUUCCAUUUAUUACACUUUUUUAAAUGUAUAAACCACAGAUUUGAAUUCUCAAAGUCUUCGGCUUGGAUUUUGUGAGUAGUUUAAAUCCUCUCACCUCUCUGCUCGUAACUGGUUUUUAAGAAAAAGAAAAGCUUUUGUUUAAAAUGUAAAAUUUUGACUGUAUUAAAUUCUGUUAGUACCCUUCCUUUUUAAGAAAUAAAAUGUAUAUUCCACUA